AUGGCCUCAGAUGCUUCCUAUGACAAGAACAAUGUGUUUCGGAAACUCAAGGCAAAGUCUGAAAACAAGAUGUGUUUCGAUUGUAAUGCAAAAAAUCCAACUUGGGCCUCCGUCACCUAUGGGAUCUUCCUCUGCAUCGAUUGUUCCGCUGCACAUCGUAGUCUCGGUGUCCAUGUCAGUUUUGUCAGAUCAACAAACUUAGACAUGUGGAGUCCAGAGCAAUUGAAAACGAUGAGCUUGGGAGGAAACAACCGUGCACGAAAUUUCUUUAAGCAGCAUGGUUGGACUGAUGGUGGUAAAGUAGAGGCCAAAUAUACAUCAAGAGCUGCGGAGUUAUAUAGACAAAUUCUUUCUAAGGAAGUAGCUAAAAGUAUGACAGAUAAGGAGGUAGAUUCACCAUCAUCGCCUACUGCUUCUCAGUUUGAACAAGUUGUUGAAGAACUUCCUCAAGUAAAGACUAAUGAAUCCCCAAACGAAAGUGCUUAUUCACACACAACAGUUUCUAAUACUGUCAGAAAACCUAUAUCUGCUAAAAAAACAAAAAAAACUGUCGGACUUGGUGCUAGAAAGCUUACUAGAAAGUCAUGUGAGAAUCUGUACGAGCAAAAACCAGAAGUACCAGCAACCGCAGCAAAGAAGCAUACACUUUCAGGGUCAUCAUCUACAUCACGAUUUGAGUAUAUAGAAAAUGACCAAUCGGUUGAUUUGAAUUCUAAAGGCAAGGGUCGCUUAGUAAGGCAUGUAUCCUUACCAGAGUCAUCAAGCGUCUUUGUAGACUUCUUAAUGGAUAGUGGUUCUCCAAAGGAAUUUGGGUCAAAUUCAUCAAAAGACACAAUUCAGGAGUCCAACGAAGCAAGAAAGAAAUUCUCAAAUGCUAAAUCAAUUUCUUCCUCUCAAUUUUUUGGAGAUCCAAACAAAGAUGCAAAUGAUUCAAAAGUUAUCCUCUCAAAAUUUUCAGAUUCAACUUCCAUUUCUAGUGCCGAUCUUUUUGGUAACUCUUCCAAUGUUGAUGUUGAUGCUAAUGACCUCCUUAACAGACUAUCUUUCCGUGCUUAUGAAGACAUUUCUUCUCUCAGAAAUAUGGCUGGUGAGACUGGGAAGAAACUCAGUUUCUUGGCCUCCAAUCUGAUAACAGAUAUUCAGGAUAGAACAAUGUAA